AACUUGACGAACACAUUUAUAGUAUUACUUUAGUCCAGCGAGGCCCAGGAUGUCCACAGACGUCGGGUGCUGAAGCACAGCGCCUCACGCGAAUGCGCGCUGUGCUGUCCGCCGCUUCAGCUUCUGCAUCACUUGUUGCUGGACUGGUAAUUGCUCGGCAGAGAAGCCGCAGAGAUCGGCCUCGCCGCGAGGUAAUCCGUCAAGCGCGAGGCGCUUAGCGAUCGCAAUACUCUUUUCGUGAAUAGGGCUAUGAUAUUAACGCAAGCACGAGGGAGGAAGAUAGCCUGUGGCAACUUGCCUCGCUACUACUGCCAUCACAAGUCCCUGAGCCUGCUUGCCGUGCCCGCAUAAGCUGCUCGAGUCAGAUACACAUUGCUGCCGAAACAUAGAGAGCUUAAGGCUCGGGAGGUAGCUUUGACCGGGUGCGCAAAUGUGCCAGUCCUGGUCCUCGUAGCACGGAAUGGCACAGGGGCACUGGAUUUGAGCAUUUGAGCCGAAGCAGAAUAACAUGCGCGCCUGUACUGGGCUCGGCAUAGGUGAAUCCCUGUCUACAGCGUCUAGCAUAGACAACGCAGCUCUAGGCAUCUCUCUAGGUGCUCGAUCCAGCGCCGAAGGGCAGGAGCUGCAGCCAGCAGGCGAGGAGCUCAGCCGGCUUGGGCCCACGACCCCGCGUGAGACCCUGCCACCCUUAGCGGCUCGGGAGGCGCAGGAGCAGCCCGGCGCACUCGUAGGACCACAGGUUGCUGGGUCAGGCGCUGAUACGCUUCGCCCACCCACCCCGGACAACGCAAAGCUCGGUCCCGCGGACGGCACAGCCACGCUACGGAAUUCGGACCAGGCCCCGCUCAGCGGCGUUCACGGCCGGGAGCAGCAGCCAGCCCCUGCUGCAGCCGAGGCGACAGCAGCGGCAUCACCGCUCCAAACCGUUAGCAGCGCCACCACCAGCACCAGUGCCGUCAACGGCCUGAGCGGCAGCUCGCUUGAACCUGCGCUAGCGCAGCGGCUGGAGCGCACGCUGUCGCAGCUGGACGCCGCCAACGCCGCCAUGACGGACGCGGUGGGCGCCAUGGAGCAGUCGCUGGCGGCCAAGGCGGCCAAGCUGGCGGAGGCGGAGGCCAAGCUGGCGGAGGCCGCCGCGCAGAACGCCAAGCUGGCGGCGGCGCUGGAGGCGGCGGAGGCGGAGCGCGCGGACCUGGCGACCAAGCUGGCAGCGGUGGCGUCGUCGGCGUCGGCGUCCACGGCGCCGUCGCCGCGGGACCUGCCUACGCCGCGGGACCUGCCUACGUCGUCGGGCGGCGGCGCCGUGUCUGACCCGGCGCUGCUGGGCGUGCAGGACAAGAUCAUCAAGCUGACGCGGGAGCAGGCGGCGGAGCGGCAGCAGGUGCUGACCAGCCUCAAGGAGGAGCAGCGGCGCCUGGCGGCCAUCCGCAAGGAGAUCACGGAGACGGAGCGCGCCAACGCCGAGCUGAAGAAGAGCCUGGGCCGCACCGACCUGAAGAAGCUGCGCGAGCAGAAGGAGGCGCUGGCGGCGCAGGCGACGGAGGCAGAGCACCUGGCGGCGCACGUGGCGGCGCUGGGCGCGACCGCCAACCGGCUGGCGGCGCUGCAGGCGGAGAAGACGCGGCUGGAGCCGCUGGGCGCGGAGGUGGCGGCGCUGGAGGAGCAGCUGCGGGAACUGCGGCAGCUGGAGGCCACCAGGAACGCGCUGCAGGCGGAGGCGGCGGGGCUGCAGCCCGCGGCGGUGGUGACGGAGCGCCUGCGCAAGCAGGUGACGGGCCUGCGCGCGGACGCGGCGGCGGCGGAGGCUCUGCAGGAGCAGGUGUCGGCUCUGAGCCCCGUGGCGGAGCAGCUGCCCGGCCUCAAGGCGCUGUACGCCAAGCUGCAGGCGUCGGCCGCGGAGGUGCGCCAGCUGGAGAAGCAGCUGGAGCAGCGCGACAAGACGGAGGCGCUGCGGCUGCAGCUGCAGGGCCAGCUGGACGAGCUGCACGCCCGGGUGGCGGACAUCGAGGACCUCAAGAAGCGCGUGGAGGGCGCGCAGCUGGCGGCGGGCGAGGUGCAGCAGCUGGAGGCGCGCUUCGGGGCGCUGCAGUCCGUGGCGGCGCGGCUGCCGGUGCUGCGGGCACAGCACGACAAGCUGGCCGCCCAGUGCGCCGAGGUGGCCGACCUGGAGCUGGCGCUGGCGGACCUGAAGCAGCAGGUGGCGCUGCGCAACGCGCUGCAGCAGCAGAUCAACAUCCUGGCGCCCAAGGCGGCGGGGGCGGAGUCGCUCAAGGUGGCGCUGAGGGACAUUGAGGCACAGGUGGCGUCUGCCGAGGACCUGGAGAAGCAGCUGCUGCACAUGCGCACGCUGGCCGCCGACCGCCGCCGCGAGGGCGCCUCCCAGUUCGUGGAGGCCGUGUCCAACCUGGGCCUGGUGCCGGCGGCGGAGGCGGCGGCGGCCGAGGCGGGCGAGGGCGGCGAGGGCGCGGACGGCGCCGAGGGCGCAGACGGGCUGCCGCCCCUGCCGGAGCGCACCUCGCACGCGGGCAUGGUGCCGGCGGGCGGGCUGGCGUUCCGCUCCUACCCCGCCGCCUUCCGCUCCUCCUCCGCGCACCACACCGUGGGCGGCGUGGCGCGCGACAACAGCCAGUUCAGCGAGGCGCUGAGCAGCCUGGGCCUGGAGCUGCAGCGCGGGGGCCCCGGCGGCGUGUCCUUCAGCGCAGGCGGCACCACCGCAGCCGCCGCGGCGGCGGCAGCCGCGGCCGCUGGCGGCGCCGCUCACACGCCCGCCGGCAGUGUGCUGCCCACGCCGCGCGGCGCGGUGUCGCCCGGCGGGCCGCCGCCUGCGGCGGCGGUCGCGGCGGCGGCGGCGGCUGGCGCCGCCGCCGCGGCGGCCGCCGCGCAGCUGGCGGAGGGCGACCGCAAGGAGCGGCUGGCGGCGUUGGAGAAGCAGAUGCGCGCCGAGGCGGAGGAUGCUUACGCCAAAGAGGCGGACGAGCUGCGUGUGCGCGCGUCCGAGCUGGCGGCGGCGGCGGUGCCGCCGGCGGAGGUGGCUGCGCUGCGCGCCGAGGUUGCGGCUCUGGAGUCCGCGGCCAACGAGGCUCUGGAGCUUCAGAAGCAGGUGGCGGAGAUGAAGCUGCUGGCGGGGCAGCGCCAGGACCUGCAGCGGGGCAUGGAGGAGAGCCUGCAGUCCCAGCUGGCUCUGCUGGAGGCUCAGGCUCGCGAGGCCGAGCAGCUGGAGCGGCAGGUGCAGCAGCGCAGCGACGUGGUGGCGCGCAAGCACGAGCUGGAGAUGCAGCUCACGGAGCUGGAGGCGGCCGCGGCAGAGAUCUACCUGCUGGACCAGUUGGUGGAGGGGCGGCGGGACACGAUCGCGCGCAGGCCCGAGCUGGAGGAGGAGGCGGCCAGGCUGCAGCCUGAGGCCGAGGCGGCGGAGGCUCUGAAGCAGCGGCUGGGGCAGCUGCAGGUGGCGGCGGCGGAGUGGCCGGAGCUGGAGCUCAGGGCGGCGGAGCUGGGCCGGGCGGCGGAAGAGGUGGAGGCACUCAAGGCGCAGGUGGUGGUCAUGGAGGCGAGUGCGUCUGAGCGGGCGGCGCUGGACGCCCGGCUGGCGGAGCUGGGCGCGCAGGUGGCGCACAUGGCGGAGGUGCGGGCGCAGCUGACGGAGGCGCAGGCGCUGGUGGCGCAGCAUGACGAGCUGGCUGCGGAGCUGGGCCGCCUGGCCGGCCCCGCCGCCGAGGCCGCCCGCCUCAAGGCCCGGCUGGCGGAGCUGCGCGAGCUGGUGCAGAGCGAGCCGCAGCUGGAGGCGGACAUCGAGGCGGCGGAGAUCGACGUGGCGCGGGUCCGCACGCUCGAGGUCAUCGUCAACCAGCUGCGCACCGAGAUCAGCAAGGGGCCGAUGCUGCAGGACGAGCUGCGCGGCCUGAACGAGACUGCGGAGCGGCUGCAGCAGGCGGAGGAGGUGCAGCUGCGCGCCGACCGCGACGCCGCGCGCAUGCGCGUCCUGGAGCUGGAGAGCAUCCUCGCCGAGCUGGAGAAGCAGAUGAGCCAGCAGCAGCUGCCGCCGCCGCAGGCGGGCAAGAGCCGCUCGCCCUUCGACGGGGCGGCGGCGGCGGCCCCUGCGGGGCCGCUGGCGGCCCGCGGCCGCACCAGCAGCUGCGGCGGGAGCGACGGCGACGAGGGCGAGAUGCUGGCGGCGGUGCAGAGCCACAUGGCGCACGGGCAGCAGCUGCUGGACGUCAGGUCCUCGCUGCAGCAGGAGCUGGAGGAGCUGCAGGUGGUGGAGGCGGACGUGGCCCGGCUGCAGACCGCCAUCCGCGCCCUGGCGCCGCUGGUGGAGCAGCGCGCGGCGCUGCAGGCGGAGCUGGAGGAGAUGCAGCGGGCCACACUGGCUGGCGCGCUGGGCCUCACAGGCAGCCCCGCACCCGCGGUCGCGGCCUCCACCUCCUCCACCCUUGCUCCGGCGGAGCCCAUGCUGCCGCCGCGCGCGCCGCACGCCGCCUCGAGGUCGUCCGGCGGCGGCUCCUAUGACGGCCCGCUGGGCCGCGGCGCGGCAGCGGGCCUGGGCGGCGGCGUGGGCGGCGGCGCGCGGCUGGAGCCGCAGGCGCCGCUGCCGUCAGACCCCAACGCGGCGGCGCUGGCGGCGGCCCUGGGCGACGCAGACGCCAUCGCGGCGAUUGCGCAGCAGCGCGGCGCGCUGACAGCGGAGGUUGAGGCGCUGCGGGCGCAGGUGGCGGAGGUGGCGGCGCUGCGCGAGGAGCGCGAGGCGCUGCGGCAGGUGGAGGCGGAGGUGGUGGCGCUCAGCAACGAGAUCCCGCACCUGGCGCCCUACCUGGAGCUCCUGCCCACGCUGCGCGCCGAGCACGUGCGGCUGAAGGAGGCGCUGGCGGAGGCGGAGCGGCUGCAGAGCGACAACGAGUCGCUGUCGCUGCAGCUCAACGUCAUGAGGGCGAUGCGCGAGGCGGCGGCGGCGGGCGGCGGCGCUCGUGCCGGCACCGCCGGCGGAGCGGCCGUGGCUUCUGCGGCGUCCACGCGCACCCCCGGCCUCGGUGAAGAGGACCCGGACGCGGAGGAGCGGGGCGCGGAGUGGCUGCAGCGGCAGGCGGCGCCGGCAGGGCCGGUGGAGGCGGAGGGCCAGGCCGCCGCCGCCGCCAUUAGUAAUGGAGGCGCAGACAAGGAUGACGAGCCGCGCACGCCCGCCUCUCAGACCAAGGCCGGCACUGGGCCUCUGGCGGUGGAUGCUGCCGGCGGCGACGCGGAGGCGGCGGCGACGCUGCACGUGGAGUCUCAGCUGCGCAGCGUGUUUGGCAAGAUGCGCGAGCUGGAGCACUCCAAGCAGGGCCUGGAGGAGGAGAACGAGGAGCUGCGCGGCACCAUUGACGACCUGCGGCAGCAGCUGGAGGCCAGUGCGGAGGCCAUGCAGAAGCUGCGCGGCGUGGCGGAGGCGCUCAGCAUGCUGCGCCGCGGCGGCGCGGGCGCGGGCGCCGGAGGGGCGUACUAGGAGUCUGGGACUGUAGCAGCGUGCUGGAGGGUGCUGCAGGCCGGUCGGCGGUCGCAAUUGGAGCUAAGGAUGGGAAGGAGCGCCGUGGCGGGUGGGGUGGAAAGCUAGGAGUCAGCAAGGGUCAGGAGCAAAUGGCCGCGCGAUGGUAGGGUGACUUCAGGCUGUAGGGACGCCUCCCUUGUCAUGUACAGCAGCAGGUGCAGCAGCAGCGGUAACGGUAUGGCGCACAACAGCUAAUUCUUGUCCUGUUUCGUCCCUUUGUGGCAUUCGUGGGUCAUGUGCAUGGAGGGUAUGCCUUUGCCAUGGGUUCGGCAGACAUAAUAGCCACGUACGAAGGCGGUGCUUUCCAUAAUGUCUGGGCUGCACUGUUGCCCGCUAGGAUGAGCCGUUCAUUGCAGUGGCCCAUAUGAUAUUGUACACAGUUGCCAUCGUAUGCUCGAUUGUAAGUAGCAGCAGAGGCUAUGUGCCGUAUGUGGCGCACACCUGUUGUUGUUGCCUGUCCACCUCGGCCAAAAGUACAGAAGCUGUUGGUAUGUGAUGUUGAACGUCUUUCAACACCACAAUCAGACCAUCUGGCCAGAAGUGGAUGGAGCGCUAGAUCGGACCCUGUAGCGCUCCAGGACGUGAUUUGUGGCAAGAAUUGACUUGCCUGGAUCAAACACAAAAGGGACG